AUGUGUUCAAAUACGUCUAACAAGAAGCUGCGUCAUAUAAACUGCCCAGAUUGGGCAAGUCUUCACGGAUCGCUUGUUCAUCUGUUGCUAGACAAGUUGUUGGAACCCAUUGACCAUGUUCGUUUUGCUGCAGUUUGCAAGGAGUGGCGUGCAGUUUCAAAAGAUUACAAUGAAGCAAAGCAGCGCUGGUGUAAAAAGAGGCUACUUCCGAUGCUCUUGAUCUCAUCUGCUGAAUCCAAAGAAAAGCUCGAACUAUACAGCAUUGCCGAAAAAAAAGUCUAUAGCAACAUCAAGUUACCAUUGCCUUGUAGGAAGUCUAGGAGGUGUUGGCUCCAACCACGACAGCGGUGGUUGGUUGAUCGUAGUAGAUGUAGUAGAAGAAAAGAAGUUCCCCCCAUUCAUCUUCCUCGUUUGCAAUUCAAUCAUGGAUACAAAUAUCCAUCUGGAAAAGCUCAGCAGCUCACGAGCUCUAAGGUUAUACUAUCCGGUGAUCCCACAUUGAAUCCGGACAGUUUCUUGGUUUUAGCAAUCAAUGGACAUAAAAAUGGACACAAUGUGUAUUCCAUUGAGGGACUAAAUAGUGAUUGGGUUUAUUGGAAGUUUGCAUAUGGUUGUACUGAUGCUAUAGUUUACAAAAGCCAGGUCUACUCGAUUACUGCUCAGAGAUGCCUUAAUUUGUUAGAUGUUGAUAAGGCAAUAACAAACAGAUUCCUUCCUCAAACGUAUAGUCCAUCAGAAAAGUUCUAUCUUGUAGAAUCAAUACAGGGAUACAUGUUGCUUGUUCAAAGAGAUAUGGAAUCGAAGAAGAAUGUGAACAAUGAUUUGCAUCAGAAACUUUGGACCAACAGCUUCGUUGUUCACAAGAUUGGGUUCAAAAAGAGAGACGUAAAGCUGGACAGAGGAAAGCUAGUCUUUGAUGUUGAAGAGCCGCCGUUGUAUACUGGUGAUGGAGAUCGUUCACAGUAUUUUAAGCUAUUUGAGGUAGAAAGCAUUAGAGAUGAAGUUUUGUUUGUAGGUGACAACUAUUCGUUCUCGGUUUUGGCUUCGGACUAUCCAGGGUGUCAACCCAAUUCCAUAUACUACACAGAUGAUUCCAUGGAAACUCCAUUGCAUGAAGGUUAUAGUACUUAUGACUGCAGCGAUGGUAGAGGUCGUAGUUUCGGACGCCGUGGAAGGGGAGGAUACAAAGGACCUCAGGCCGAUCUACAGCUCGUAGGGGACGCUCCUUAUGACAUGGGGAUCUUCAACCUAGCGGAUAAAAGCAUCACACCACUUUGUUCUUCUCUAAGUCAUUCCAAGACGAAUGUCCGACCACCGUUUUGGACAAUCCCACCAUUUAGCGGACUCUGUUAG